GGAAAGAAGCUGAGUUCUUUGUCUUGCUCUGUCGCCUACCUUCAGCUGACGCGCAAGCGCACUCCCGCUGGAUGAAGGUCAGAAUAAAGUGGGGGAGGGCCUCGGAGUCGCGCAGGCGCGCUUCUGUGCCGGACCGCCAAGAUGUCGUUCCCCAAGUACCAGCCUUCGCGCCUGGCCACUCUACCCUCCACCCUCGACCCAGCCGAAUACGACGUAUCUCCAGAAGCCCGGAAGGCGCAAGCCGAGCGGUUGGCCAUAAGAUCCCGACUUAAACGGGAGUACCUGCUUCAGUACAACGACCCCAGCCGCCGAGGGCUCAUCGAAGAUCCUGCCUUGAUUCGUUGGACCUAUGCAAGAUCAGCAAAUAUCUAUCCCAAUUUCAGACCCACUCCCAAGACCUCACUCUUAGGAGCUCUAUUUGGAAUUGGGCCCCUCUUCUUCUGGUUUUAUGUUUUCAAAACUGACAGAGAUAGGAAAGAAAAACUGAUCCAGGAAGGAAAAUUGGAUCGAACAUUUAGCAUUUCAUAUUAAGUCUGGCAAUGAUGACUCUAUGUAUUAUUGUUUAAAUAAAUCUCCUAUUAAUCGUUAAA